UUCCAGCCACACAAUGUAGAAUUAGAACCUUUAAAAUAAAGCUUUUAAUGUAUGUAAAGCCUUCACAUUUUAUUUCAGCAGGAAAUUUAAUUUCUUUAAAUUAUUCUUCAUUCUAAAUGCUAGGGUUUAGACUGAAGCCUCUUGUAGGCGGGACUUAUGGACAACAUGGAGGGAUGCAUUCACAUUAUGAGUGGCUACUCUUUUGAUCAGCAAUGGGUGUAUAAGCUGCUUUGUAAAUUUCAUGGGGGCUUGCACAGAAUGUUAUUUUGGGCAAGCUGAUAAUGUAAACGUUUGCAAUGGGCUGGAUCAGCCUUUUCCUUCAGACUACAGCUUUCAUUGUCCUCAACCAGAGAAGUUAGAUAGGUAAGGAUGCAUGGGAAGAAAGAAAAAAAGUCCUACAGCUCCCAGCAUGGCUGGCUGAAGAAUGACUGGGAGGGUAGUUUUCCAUCUAAACUUGCAUAGGAUUGUGCCUUAAAGCUUCUAUUUUUGCAUCACUUAUACUUAGGAUUCUGUCAAGCUCAACAGCAUAACAAAGUGGAAGUAGGCAUAAAAGUCUCUUAAUCUACCCCAGCCCAAUGGCAGGAAUAUACACUGAUUGGAGCAGGAGUGAGUCUUCCUGGGAUAGUGGCAGCAAAAUGUGGAGCAGAAAUGAUAUUGUCAGAUAAUGCAGAGUUUCCUCAGUGUUUGGACAACUGUCAAAGGAGCUGUCAGAUGAAUAACCUCUCUGGGGUAUAUGUCACAGGACUCACCUGGGGUCAUGUAUCACCCACUCUAUUGGCUUUGCCUCCAGUGGACAUUGUGCUGGCAUCUGAUGUAUUUUUUGAACCAGAAGACUUUGAAGAUGUUAUAAGUACAGUGCACUACUUAAUGAGAAAGAAUCCACAUGCUCAGUUCUGGACUACUUAUCAAGUCAGAAGUGCUGACUGGUCUAUUGAAGGAUUACUCUGCAAGUGGGAGAUGGAAAGUAUCUGUGUGCCCUUGCAGUCAUUUGAGGCCAACAAGGAACAAUUAGCAGGCUCUUCUCUUCCAGGAAGACAUACUAUUGAAAUGAUGAUUAUCAGUUCAAAUGAAUGAAUGAAGCCCGAUCCAGUAACUGCUUUGAGAGAUUUGUUUUAGUGUUUUUUUUUAAAAAUAAAUUUUUACCUCUAAA